ACAAUAUUAAUAAAGUAUUACUCAUUAGUUUCGCAUCACAUUUACAGUCAAUAACACUAACCAAUCAUUCAAUCAUUGAUUUGGUCUUAAUUUGAUUCAAUUGCCACUCAUUUAUAGCAUAUAUUGUCCGACAAAUUAAAUCCGUGAAAAAUGUCGAGUUUUUUCAAACUGUUUGGCACUAAGUCUUCGUCGAAACAGUCGGCGCCCACACCUGCGGAAGCCAUUCAGAAAUUACGAGAAGUGGAGGAAAUGCUUCACAAGAAACAGGAAUAUCUGGAAAAGAAACAAAACGAAGAGUUAGAUGUGAUCAAAAAGAAUGGCACCAAAAACAAA